AAUAGACGUAUGGUACAUAUAUAAAAUGAAAUAUACGGUUGUAGUGACGCUGAUUUUGCCGUACUUUCCGACGCCCGGCGCUGCCGGUGGUAGUAGCAGUUCGCCGUUGAGCAUGGACCUCAACGAUAUCGACUAUCUGGGCGAGAACGAAGGCAACAUCCAGUCGGUAACGUUCCAGGUGUCCCCACACAAUCGCUUCCGGCCAUAUGGGGAUUAUAACCGGCCCUCCCGAUUCUACCGCGAUGACGAUCAGGCUGCAGCGUUGGCCGAUAUUGGCGAGAUCGGCACGAACGAGGGAACCGUCCAGGAAGUGAAUUUUCCGCAGCGCGGACGCGAUCGCCAUCGGCGACCUUUGGAGCCGGCUCCGUUCCUCCAGGGCGGUGGAUACUGAGCGGGGCGGAAAUCAACAUCUGUUGACUAUAUUAUCGUGCUGUUUCGAAAAAAUUUAAGUACAUUACAGAGUAUUACUGCAUGCACACCGAGCCGCUUAUGGGCUGUACCCGUAACAGCGGCCAAAGGUCACGCAUGAUCUUAACACUGUUCCAAGUGCUCUUGCAUAAUUGCGCCAGCUGUCCGCCGAACGUGGUUGCGCCGCUGCCGGUUUUUAUGUGGCAGGAUGCUUGAUUUGUCUUUUUGAUUUCUGACAUCUAGUCGUGCGAUAACGAUCAAACGAUAAUACUGUAUGCUAACCAAAUAAACCACAACACUUGCUCUCGCUCUUGCGCCCAUCGUCUUUCCGUAAAAAUUCAUGCAUCAAAAUUUUAGUGAUUUAUCUACGUACAGCACAGGUGCAUGCUUUCGUUAAAUUGCUUCAUAUCUUAUUAUUCCUGAAGAGAAUUUGAGCAGGCGAAAAAAUGUCGACGUUUCGGUUCUUCGCAACUAUUACGUUAAUAUGUAGCCUAUUCCUCGCGGGGAUUGUACAUUCGGUUUAUGUCGCCGAACCUAAGAAAUUUUCAGUGAUUAUGGAGCCGGGUGAAUCGCUGUCGAUCAACGCGCGCAGCGACAAACCGGCCGACAAGUACUCCCCGAACAGCGGCUACCGUUUCGCCCUGGAGAGCGGCCGGCUAGCGGUGUACGACCAGUGCAGCGGGAAGCCGACCUUCGCCACCUUCAACGACUCCAGCACCACCGUCAGCCGGCUGGAGCUGGACGCCACCAACGGCCAGCUGAUUAUGACCGGCAGUCACGGCAGUCGGCGUAACGCGGUGCUGUGGAGCUCCGGCUCCAGUCCGGCCAUCACGGAUUAUUCCGAUGCCGAGCUGCGACUUACGGAUAACGGCUUCCUGGAGCUGUGUGCCAGGGCCAAGGCGCGCUGCUACUGGCAGUCCAGCGGGGUGCGGGUGCGCACCUGCGAGAACGACUACGGCAACGCCUCCCAAGUGGUGUUACGCGUCGGUGAAUCCCUCAAAGUCGGCGACACGGUGGAGUCGGCCAACGGAGAGUACAAGGCGCGCCUGCAACCCGACGGGAACUUCCUGGUCCUGCGCAAAUGCGACGAAACCCCGGUGUUCAGCAGCUACAGCUAUCCCGGCACCGCCGGCAACGUCACCCUGGAGCGCAACGGCAGCCUGGUGGUGUACGGGACCGUCUACGUCUCCACCGACCGCGCUCUGUGGUUCGCCGAGCCCUGGAAGGUCGGCCGGAAGUACGGCAACUCGCAGCUGGUGCUGGACAACAACGGGCUGAUGUAUCUGUGUCAAAAAGGCGGGGAGUGCUACUGGCAGUCGGGAUUCCUGCUGUACUACGACCACUGUGAUCAGGUGCAGCAGGAGGAGGGCGGGGAGAGUCAUCUGCCCGGGGGCGGGGAGGGCGAAGGGGUCCCCAUGCCGCAGCACCAGCGGGGCGGCGGGCAGCGAAUAUUUGCGGGGUUUUUUGUACACCUCGGUUUAGUGCUGUUUAGCAUUGUGUUUUGGUUGUGAGCAAUCGGUACUGGUAUUUUCUAGCUAGUCUUACAUAGCUCUAUAUGAUAUAUUGCAUUCUGAGUAAUAUUUGCCAGUGCCGGAAAAAUACAGGGUGAUGUAAUGUAAUGUAUUCCUCUUUUCUUCCGCCCGGCAAUUACACACUGGUUUUUGUAUGCGUUAUGCAUAAUUAAAGGGAAGCCGAAUGGUAAACGGUGAAA